AUGGAGAAUUUUGGAAUUCAUGGUUCUAAUGUGAAGUUUGGAAUGACCGAUGAACAAGUUGAAAUUCUUCGAAAACAAAUUGCAGUUUACGCAUACAUCUCUGAAUUACUCAUUGAUAAGCAUAAACACUCUUCUUCUCGCCAACAUCUCACUAAUGAUGUUGGGGUGAGAAUGUUUUGUGACUCAAAAUUGAUCGACAAAUUAAGUUUUAGGCAGCGUUGGAAAGCAACAACUCCACAAAUUCAAGCUUUGGAGCAAAUAUAUGCAGCUAACCCGAGGAGGCCUCCAAAUAAGGAAAUCAUAAAGAAGAUAACCAUUGAUUUAAGCAAGUAUGGGAAAAUUACUGAGAGCAAUGUAUAUAAUUGGUUUCAGAAUAGACGUGCUAGGACAAAGAAGUAUAGUAGUGUUGAUGCAAAAUCAAAAGUAGAAACUACAAUUGAUUCCAAAGGUAAGAUGAUUGAACCGGAUGAGCUUGCGGCCUUACCUAACGAAAAUUUAGGUCACCAAAACACUCAAGUGGGUUCUGACUUUUUACCGUACUUUAAUCCCGAAAUAGAUGACAGUUUUGCGAUCUUCUAA